CGCCGGACAUGUCUCCCCCUAACAUGUCUCCCCCUAACAUGUCUCCCCCUAACAUGUCCCCCGCGCUGGACAUCCUCCGGUCCGUGUACCGGCACACGGAGACGCUGGAGGAGUUCGCGAGCCGCGUGGUGUUCCGGGACGGACGGAGGGCAGCGCUGGUGGAGCCGACCGACACGCUCCGGUUCACGGGCUUCGUCCGCGGCGUCUUCGUGUGCUUCGACCAGGAGCUGCAACAAGUGCCGAGCGGCAGCCAGAUCUGCUCUCUGCCCGAGCUGCUGGCCUUCGUCGUCAACAACCUCACGAGGAAAAGAAAGAAAAACAUCCUGGCCCACGGCUACAGCUUCCUGUCCGUGGACCGGGAGCAGCGGGACGCCGACCACUUAAAAUUCCAAGGCGACGUGACUCAGAGCGCGGCCUACAUCCACGGCAGCGACCUGUGGAAGAAGGCCGCCGCGCGCCUCGGCACGGACCUCACGCGCCACCUGCUGGAGAGCUGCUCCAUGUUCGUGGCGGUCCCGCCCUCGUGCGUCUUCCAGGUGUGCGGCGCUCCCAUCUACGACAGGGUGAACACGACGAGCGCCUCCACCGGGUUCUACCUGCAGCCCCGGUCCGCCAGGGCGCGCGGCAUUGGUGGCGGCGUUAGCGGAAGGGACCGAGGUGCGGCGACCUGGAAAAGGAAGCGGGAAGCUCUGAGUCUCGCCGCCGGCAGGCCGAGGAACGAGAGGCGGUUGAGAGGGAGGACGGGGAAAAGGAAAAGGGAUGCUGACCAGAAGGAUGAGGAGGAGUUUAGGACAGGAAAGAGGAGACGGGUCGGACGGCAAGAGGUUCGCAGUGAAACCGCGGAGGAAGGACGACCCUCGGAAGAACCGACGGCGUCUACGAAGCCUUCGGAGAAUCGCCCCCCGCGUUCCAAACCGCCCGUCGAAAUGCCGACGACUGUACUUCCCGCCGAGGUCGGAGGCCCCGGUUCGAGGCCGGGGCCUCCCUGUCCUCCGCCGCCCUCGCAGACCUUCAUCCGCACGCUGGGGUUGCUCUACGGGGGGAGGGGCAUGCGCGGCUUCCUCCUCAACAGGAGGAAGAAGAGCGCGGCGGGAUGCGGGAGGCUCCGCGGGGAAGACGUGGUGCGGAUGGUCUUCUUAGAGGGGACGGCGUUCCUCACCGGGCCGGCGGGGAAGCCGAGGAAGCCGAGGAAGCUCCCCCGGCGCUUCUUCCGCGCGGCGCCCUUGUUCGGGGAGCUGCUGCGGCGACACAAGAGGUGUCCGUACAGCCGGACGCUGCAGAGGACGUGCCCCGUGGCGGAGGCGGUGGGCGGAGCCGAACCGGGGCGGUUGAGCGCCCUCUUGCCUCGCCACUGCGCGCCCCGAAGGGUCUACCUGUUCGUCAAGGAGUGCCUCAGGGCCGUGGUCCCUUUGGAGCUGUGGGGCUCGGACCACAACCGACUUCAGUUCUUCUUCCGGGUCCGGGCCUUCCUGUCCAGCGGCAAGUUCGAGCGUCUCUCGCUGGCCGAGCUGAUGUGGAAGAUGAGGGUGAACGACUGCGAUUGGGCGAAGAUCAGUCGAACCGCCGGGGUCCCGCCCAGCGAGCUGGCGUACCGCACGCGCAUCCUGGGUCGGCUCCUGGCCUGGCUCCUGGACGGGUACGUGGCGGGCCUGGUCCGAGCCUGCUUCUACGUCACGGAGAGCGUGGGCCAGAAGAACGCCCUCCGGUUCUACAGACAGGAAGUCUGGGCCAAAGUGCAGGAAUUGGCCUUCAGGGCUCACCUCUCCAAGGGCCAGAUGGAGGAGUUGACUCCGGCUCAGGUGGCGGCGCUCCCCAAAGACACCGUCGUCUCCCGCCUGCGCUUCAUCCCCAAGACCGACAGCAUGAGGCCCAUCACGCGAGUCGUCGGAGCGGACGCCAAAACCAGAAUCUACCAAGGGCGUGUCCGCAACCUGAUGGACAUCCUGCGGGCCUGUGUGCGCUCCACGCCGGCCCUCCUGGGCUCCACGGUGUGGGGCAUGACGGACAUCCACAAGGUGCUGCGCUCUCUAGCUCCGGCCCAGAAGGACGAACCACAGCCCCUCUACUUUGUUAAGGUGGAUGUGAGUGGCGCCUACGAGAGUCUGCCUCAUGACAAACUCCUUGAAGUGAUCGGCCAGGUUCUGACACCCGUCCAGGAAGAACUCUUUACCAGCCGCCGCUAUGCCAAGAUCUGGGCUGAUUCCCAUGAGGGCAUGAAGAAGUCCUUUGUUCGACAGGCCGAUUUCCUCGAGGGCAACAUGAGCGCCACCAACAUGAAAGGGUUCGUGACGUCCCUGCAAAAGAGCGGGAAAGUGCAUCAUGCCAUCCUGGUAGAGCAGCAUUUCUGCUCGGACCUGAACGGCAGAGACGCGUUGCAGUUCUUCACCCGAAUGCUGACCGGCAGCGUGGUUCAGUUCGGAAAGAAAACAUACCGCCAGUGCCGAGGGAUUCCUCAGGGAUCGGUCGUGUCCAGCCUGCUCUGCUGCCUCUGCUACGGUCACAUGGAGAACGUCCUGCUCAAAAACAUCGCCGAGAAGAAAGGGCGUUUGAUGAGACUGGUGGACGACUUCCUUCUGGUCACGCCCGACUUGCACGACGCACAAACCUUCCUCAAGGUCUUGCUGGCCGGCGUGCCGCAGUACGGUCUGGUGCUCAACCCGCAGAAGGUGGUGGUCAACUUUCAGGUGGCGGCCAGCGUGGGCUCGUGUCCACCCGGCAUCCGCGUGCUGCCCCCCCGCUGCCUCUUCCCCUGGUGUGGACUGCUGCUGGACACGCACUCGCUGGACGUCUCCAAGGACUACUCCAGCUAUGCGGACCUGUCUCUGCGCUACAGCCUGACUCUGGGCUCGUCUCACUCGGCCGGACAGCAGAUGAGGAGGAAGCUGACGGCCAUCCUCCGGCUCAAGUGUCACCCUCUGUUCCUGGACCUGAAGACCAACUCUCUUGAGGGCGUCUACAAGAACGUCUACAAGCUGGUGCUGCUUCAUGCAUGCAGGUUCCACGUCUGCGCCCAGCGUUUGCCCUUCGGUCAGACAGUCGCUCUGAACCCCGACUACUUCCUGCAGAUGAUCUUGGGUUUGGCUCAAUACGCCAACCGGCUCAUCAGGCUCAGCAACAAAGGACCGGACCUGGGCAGUAGUAUCCAGGUGGAGGCCGUGGAGCUGCUCUUCUGUGUGUCCUUCGUGUUCGUGCUGUCGCAGCAUCGCUUCCUCUACAAGGCUCUGCUCCCUCACCUGCACACGCGGAAACGCAGCCUCGAGCAAAGUCUGGGGCCCACGAGGCUGGCCAGGGUCCGCCAGGCCACGAACCCCAGGACCCCAGUGGACUUCUGGGCCAUCCAGAUGUAGACUACCCCCCCUCAAUUACAGCUCCCAUGAACACCAUGAAACCCUCAGUAGCUCAAAGGUCGACUUAUACAUGUUUAGUCGUUGUGUCGUGAGUUUUGUCUAUUUUUUUUCCGGUUAUCUGAUCGUCCAUGUCAAUGAAAAACAGUCAUAAAGUCAUAAAACGUUGACGUGAUAAACCCUCGGUCAGAAACACAAUAAAGAGGUAUAUUUGAAAAUCGU